GUUUAUCUGGCUAUAUUGAGAAAUGUCUUAAUGUAUCCAGACAAACCUCACUGUAACUUCCAAACUACUCACUAUAUUUCGAUGAUUGAAAGGUUUCCAAGUUUUAAUUUAACUCUUCUACGUGCUCUUAGCCCGGUUUUAAAUUUUAAGAAGUAUUUUAAAAAAAUUCCAUCUAAAAGUAAUUUUUUCGUGUUUUCGAAAAUUAUUUAAACGAAACGAAUUACUUUUAGAUGGAUUUUUUUUCAAAUCCUAGUUUGAUUUGAAAAUGAGUUUGAGAACCACUUAGAUUAGAUAAAUUAUUAAAUAUUAUUUUUAAAUGUUUUUUUUAAUCUUAAAUAUUUAUUUAUUUUAAAUAGAUUGUAUGUGAUGCGAAUCAGCGCAUAACUGAUGUUGUGGCACGUUGGAGAGGAUCUGCACAUGAUUCUCGAAUAUGGAGAGAAUCGUCUAUUUGCAGCCGCUUACAAAGCAUGGAUUUGCAAGGAGGAGUUAUUCUUGCUGAUGGUGGGUACCCUGCUUCAAAAAUAUUGCUGACACCUUUUAGAGUGUCUGCAUCACUCUCCGAACCAGAGAGGCGAUAUAAUAUAGCCCAUAUACAUACAAGAAAUCACAUUGAACGCUUGUUUGGGCAGCUGAAAAAUAAAUUUCGAUGCUGCUUCAAUGGUAUUCAGCUCAAUUACGAGACUUCCAAGGCCUCUAUAGUAGCUAUAUGCAUUUUACACAACAUAUCAAAGAACUUUUCAAAUGUGGUAUUUGUAGAUGACUCUUCUCCAGCAAGCAUCUCCGAUGAAGUAUUUGAGUCUGAUGAUGGAAAUGGUGAUGACUUGGUUGUGCUGCCAGGUAGAAGAUUAACUGGACGAUUUUAUCGAUCACAGUUUAUACUCAAACAUUUUACGUAAAUAAAAUAAACCAUGCAAAAAUAAAACAUAAAUUAA